GUGCUGGUGGCGGUUGCUGUGGGUGUGGUGUGGGGCCAUGCUGUUGACAGAGGGGGCUAACGGGGGGCGGGGAGCAUGGGCAUGAGCAUGAGCAUGAGCAUGGGCAUGGGCAUGGGCAUGGGAGCAAGCAUGGGCAUGGCCACGACCACCGCAAUCACGACCAUGGGCACGAUCACGACCAUGGGCACGAUCACGACCAUGGACACGACCACGACCAUGGCCACGACCACGACCACGACCACGAUCACGACCACGAUCACGACCAUGGCCACGACCAUGGCCAUGGCCACGACCACGACCAUGGACACGACCAUGGACACGGCCACGAUCACGAUCACGAUCACGACCACGAUCACGACCAUGGCCACGACCAUGGCCAUGGCCACGACCAUGGACACGACCAUGGACACGGCCACGACCACGAUCACGACCACGAUCACGACCAUGGCCACGACCAUCACGACGCACCGCCACCCUCGAUGCUGCUCGACCUUCUGCUGCCUUGCCUUUGCGCCGUUCUCCGACACCUCAUCGGGCUUUGGCCGCAUUGUCUCGGACUUUCUGGUCUCGUUCUCGGUCGGCGGCCUGCUCGGCGACGUCUUUCUGCAUCUGCUUCCGGUCGCCUUUGCGGCCGAGGCCGAACUGACCGGCCACUCGCACUCGCAUGGCGGCGGCGGCCACGCCCACGGCCAUGGUCACGCCCACGGCCACUCGGACGAGCCGCACGCCCACGACUCGGUCGUUGGUACCAUGACCCUUGUCGGCAUCGUGUUCUUCUUUGUCAUGGAGAAGAUUGUCCGCGCUCUCUCGGGCGGGCACAGCCAUGGACACAGCCACGGGGCGACCAGCGCUGCCCCCGCCGCCGCCGCAGGCGUUGGCGCCGCCGCCUGGCUCAACCUCAUCGCCGAUGCGGUCCACAACUUUUCCGACGGCAUGGCCGUUGCGGCGUCGUUCCUUGUCUCAACCCAAGUCGGUCUCACCACCUCGAUCGCCGUCUUCUUCCACGAGCUGCCGCAGGAGAUCGGCGACUACUUUAUCCUUGUUCGCGCCGGCAUGUCGCGGACCCAGGCGCUGCUCGCCAACUUUUUCACCGCACUCGUCGCCAUGGCCGGUACCUGCCUUGUCCUCUGGAUCGGCACUUCGCUCCCGCACUCGGAAGUUUACAUCCUCCCGCUUGCUGCUGGCGGCUUCAUCUACAUUGCCGCCGCCGACAUUGUGCCCGACCUUCACGCCUCGCCGUCGUCGUCGACGCUCCCCAUCGUCGUCCUCCAGGUUGCCGGCAUCACUCUUGGUAUUUAUGUCAAUACCCUGCUCGCUGCUUUUGAGUAG